ACAAUUAGCAACCUUCCAAGGCCCCCAAAAAACCAGUUCCCCAAGCCACAACCUGGCGCCAUCUUAGUCCAUCUAUCAAAACAAAGCAAAAAAACUCGAUUAAAAUUCUGUGAUCGUCUGUGUCCAAAUUCGGCCUCUCAACUCCCAAAUCCGUCCGUUAACGGCUCGCCUCGCCUCGAAGCCCCACAAUGCAGCAUCGGUCGUUGAGCCCCCAUCGCCACUAACCUCAAAAUGUCAACGCAAUUCUCGCUGUCAAACCAGCGCCAACCCAAACGCUUUUCCAUCGACGACGCCUUCGAGGAGGAGACCGACGAGGCCAUCAAGGUGUACGGCUCGACGCCGACGCCCACCGCCGGCUCGCCCCAAGUGGACGUCCGGGUGGACAACGGACGGGGCUACAAACUGGCCAAUGACACGUCGCGAGACAGCGAUUCGCUCAUUCAAGACUGCUAUGACGCCUCGAGUCAGGACUACAUCGACAGGUCCUGUUUCAGGCACCCCAAGGUUAGGGAGAACUGGCGAAUGGUGUUGGCGGCGGUCACGUUGCUGAUCAUCGGUGUGGGGCUGCUGACCACUGGCACGAUCUCGUUGGCUGAGCCCAAUUCUGGACUACAAGGGUCUGUGUUUCUAUUGGCGGGGUUCAUUUGUUUCGUGCCGGGGGCGUAUCACGUCGUUUAUAUUUAUUUAGCUGCUAAGGGGAAGAGGGGCUACCACUUUCAUAAUUUGCCCCUGUUUACGUAAGUUUCGCGCACUUUUUUUACACUAACGCUCGCUGGGUGUCACAAGCAUCACAUUCACUAAUCGUAAGGUACAAAAUAAGACUUAUUUUUACUAUAUUGGCAUUUGCUGGAAUGCAUACCAAAGCUGGGCGGUCUUUUGAGCGAAUCUCAUUAUUUUAUGCGAUAGUUUGUAUGGUUUCAUUUUUAUUAAUACAUUGUAUAGUACGCUG